UUUCAUUUCAUUUCAGGAGUUAAAUUACAAUAUGUUAUCAUGAUUUUUUUAAACAAUGAACUUAAAAAGUAACUCUCACGUUCACUGAUUGAAAUUUUGCGAUUUAUUUAAUCUUUAUGAAAAGUUCUGCAGUUUAUCGUCAAACAUUUCGUUCACCGAGAUUUUUCCAACGACUUCCGGCAUUAUUUUGGGUUCUCUAACAUCGGCUGCGCAGGAUGAUGAAAUAGUAACAGUUCAAAUAACGCAGAUGGAUGUUUUAUUGAUGCUGCUGUCCCUUGUGGGCGUGGCAGUUACUUUAGCAAUUUGUGCGUUAAUUAUUGUGGCCAUGUCAACGAAGCCAUAUCCAGAUUUAGGAAGGUAUGAGACUGAGAAAUAUUUUUUAAAUGAGAAACACGAGAAGUGUCUGUUCCCAUCAAUCAACGACCCAGCCAGUGUGGAGCUUUCGGUGAUUGUACCAGCAUACAACGAGGAGGAGAGAUUACCAGUUAUGAUGGAUGAAGCAUUAGGAUUUUUGGAGGAUAGAAAGAAAAAAUCCAGAUCCUUUAGUUAUGAGGUGAUUGUUGUCGAUGAUGGAAGCAAAGAUAAAACUACACAAACAGCACAAAGUUAUUGCAAUAAAUAUGGAUCUGAAAAAGUGCGUGUGUUGACUCUAGCAAAGAAUCGUGGGAAAGGUGGUGCCAUAAGAUUGGGAAUGUUUUCUGCUCGGGGACGAUUCCUGUUGUUUGCAGAUGCCGAUGGUGCAAGUAAAUUUAGUGACUUUACAAAGCUGGAGAGUGAAAUGAAGAACGUAAAUAAGAAUAGUACUAACAGGGCAGUGGUGUGUGGUUCUCGGGCACACCUGGAGGAGGAGUCAAUCGCACAGAGAUCUAUGUUUAGGACGUUCUUGAUGAAAGGAUUCCACUUUGUGGUGUGGUUUCUGUGUGUGCGAGGAAUCAAGGAUACACAAUGUGGAUUUAAACUCCUGACAAGAGAGGCAGCAAUCCUUCUCUUCUCCAAUCUACAUGUAGAGAGAUGGGCCUUUGAUGUAGAUAUGCUGUUCCUAGCUGAGUACUUUAUAACUGUGUGUUGUUUUUACAGGGCCUUUGAUGUAGAUCUGCUGUUCACCUAGCUCAGUACUUUAUAACAGUGUGUUGUUUUUACAGGGCCUUUGAUGUAGAUCUGCUGUUCACCUAGCUCAGUACUUUAUAACAGUGUGUUGUUUUUACAGGCCUUUGAUGUAGAUCUGCUGUUCACCAAGCUCAGUACUUUAUAACUGUGUGUUGUUUUUACAGGGCCUUUGAUGUAGAUAUUCCCAGCUCAGUACUUUAUAACAGUGUGUUGUUUUUACAGGACCUUUGAUGUAGAUAUUCCCAGCUCAGUACUUUAUAACAGUGUGU